CAGCUGGUUCUCUCUCUCUGUCAUCUUUGUUGUGCUUUGUCUCAUAACAUGUUGCAGAUAAAUUUUGUGAAAGUUUAAUUUUCUGAUUAAUUAUGAGCAGUUUAUCAUAUUUUUUCAUUUUGACUCUAGUCAGUAUUGCUACCUGUGAUUGGAUCGAGCUAUCGGAUGACGGACCUGUACCCUUCGACACCCCGAUCACCUUUACAGUGAAAAAUUCAUAUAGAACAAUAGCUCCCUCGUAUGAAUAUCGAUUCAAAUUUGAACAGUUUCCCCAGCACGAUGACACCAUCAUAUCAACAUCGGGUGAAGUGUUUUACUCUGUAAUAUUUGCAGCAUCUACAGCACCCAAAGCUGAAUUUUACACAGUGCAAGUUGACGUAUGGUAUCGGUUUCUGGGUGUUCCUUUUUAUUCAAUUGGAGCUGUUCUUUCUACCUUCAAGCUUUCAGAUUCACUCAUCGGAGUUAUUGAUGUCAACCAGGACAUUGAUGAGGAGAGUUUGAAAAACAAUUUCAUAUCUACAGCAUCACCUGUUAACCUGACUGCCAAAAUUCAUGACCCCAGUGGUUUUUUCGCCUCAGCCAACAUCACGUACAAGUGGAUCGUAAAUGGCUCACCGCAAGAGGAAAGCUAUGACCAACUCAUCAUCUACAAUUUCACUCAGCCUCAAAUUAACAACAUCUCAGUGAUUGUUUCUGCAAUUACAACCACUUUGCAAAAAUCUGGCUUAUUUGAAAUCUCCUUACAAAGUAAAGAUCCCAUUCACAAUUUGACUGCUGAUGGACACACCAAUGUUGAACUUUUCAGGGAUGAAAGCCUCCAGUUGAAUAUCAAGAUUGAUGGUGGAACACCUCCAUUUUUUUACUGCUGGGAAAUUACAAAUUCAACCACUUUGGGGAAAAUUUGUAAACCUACAAAUGAAAGUAUUUUCUCAAUUAUCAGAUAUUUCAGUGAAAAGGGAAAGAAAACCUUAAUAACAAGUGUUAAAAACGAUGUAUCAUCAUUUACCAAGAACAUGACCAUAUUAAUUUAUGAAAUUGAACAUCGAACGCAAUUGAGUUUUGUUUUGGUACCUGUUUGCAGUAUAAUCAUUGCCAUUUUCAUCAUUAUUGCUGGCAUCGCCAUUCACAUGAAACAGAGGAAGGAAUUGACAAUCGAAGUUGCUGAUUUUGAUUUCCAAUCGAUCGAUGAAAGGAUGGAAAGGACCUUCUGGGAGAGAAUCCGUGACAGUUUUACUCAAUCAUUGAAAAGCUCGAUAUUUAGGCCUUGCACAAGAAGGACCGAUCUUGAUGAUUUUGUUGAUAAAACUGAGUCUGAUGAUAUUUUACCGGCUGAGCCCAACAUCAGCGAAUGCAAUUUAAGGUUUAGUGGCGAUCUCGAUGAUUCUGGUGUGUCUGGUGAUUUUAGAUCUUGAAGCUCUAAUUCUUAAAUGCUUUUAAUUCAAAUGAUCUGAGAAGGCUGAGGUUUUUUUUGGAUUUCAUCAAUAGGCGAACCUGUUUUAUUUUUUGCACAAUAUGGUCUCAAAUUGUAAUCAUUACCAGUCAAUUAUAAAUUUACCUCAUCCAAUUAACACUGAUAUCAAUUAA